CAUUAAUUUACUUGUUUUUGAAAUCCCUCUUUUGCUGCACAUCAAAGCUUUGCUGCUAAAAUGGCAGCAAAAGAUGGAGCUAAGGAGAAAGACAAAGACAAAGAAAAAGAUGAAAAGAAAGAAAAGGAGAAAGAUGGUGGAGUAAUCAAUGCUGUUUACAAAGUCAACCUGCACUGCCGGCAGUGUGGACGUGAGAUCAAGAAGCCACUUAUGGCUACCCCAGGGAUUCACAAUGUGGAGGUAGAUAUGGAGAAAGGAGAGAUAAAGGCAAAAGGUGUUUUCGACCCAGUACAAAUUCAGAAACGGCUAGAGAAGCUUUGCAAGAAAAAGAUUGAGUUGGUAUCACCCAAAAUUCAGAUCAAGGAAACCCCCGUUGUAGAGAAAAAAAUAGUGAAGGAAACAAAAGAACCUAUUUCAAGGACAAUAUUGGUGAAGGUAAACAUGCAUUGCAACAAAUGUGAGCAAGAUCUGAAGAAGAAGUUAAUAAAGAGAAAAGGUAUUCACAAUGUUAAAACUGACAUGAAAGCACAAACUCUGACAGUGGAAGGAACAAUCGAGCCGGAAAAAUUAGUAUCGUAUUUACGAAAAAAGGUGCACAAACAUGCAGAAAUUGUGCCCCCAAAACCAGAGAAAAAGGAAGAAACAAAAGAGAAGGAGAAGGGUGCCUCAAAACCAGCAGAGAAAAAGGAAGAAACAAAAGAGGAGAAGGGCGCCUCAAAACCAGCAGAGAAACAGGAGGAAAAGAAAGAGAAAGAGAAAGAGAAAGAGAAAGAGAAAGACAGUGGUGAGAAAUCUUCUGAGCCAAUCACCAGGGUCGUAGAAGCUAAGGGAGAUAUGAAGGUGGUGGAGGUUAAACCAAAAGAGAGCAACGCUCCAUAUUUCAUUCACUAUGUCUAUGCUCCACAAACGUUUAGUGAUGAAAAUCCAAAUGCUUGUUAUAUAAUGUAAAUAGGUGAGGGGUAGAAUAUAUAUAUGCACUUUGGAUUUAUUUGGAACUGCGUUUUUAUGUAUAUAGUAGUAUGGUUGAAUUCAAGAAACAGAAGUGUAC